GCCGGACGAAUUGGAGGACGCUCCCAUGGACGUCGACACUUGGAUCCAGUUCUACGAACUAAACGGGCUCAUCGUGAUCGGAGGAGGCACCCUCGACGGCCAAGGUGCUGCUUUCUGGUCGCACGAUCUUGGUAGCCAAGGUCCAGGCCUCCCAGUUAAUUUGAUGUUCCAGAAAGUCAACAACGCAUUGGUUCGCAAGCUCUCUUCGGUCAACCCCAAAGGGUUUCAUAUCUCAGUCGUCCAGUGCAACAACAUCAGGUUAUACAACCUUCGCAUCACGGCGCCUGCAGACAGCCCAAACACCGAUGGGAUCCAUAUCAGCAGGUCCAACCUGGUGAAGAUAGCAAGGAGCGAGAUUGCCACCGGUGACGAUUGCAUCGGCAUGAUUCAAGGUUCUACUGCCAUUAGCAUAAAGAAUGUAAAAUGUGGCCCAGGCCACGGUAUAAGCAUUGGCAGCCUUGGCAAGUACGAGAAUGAGGCAGAUGUUAGAGGGGUCGUCGUGAAGAAUUGCACGCUUUCAAACACGGAUAAUGGACUCAGAAUCAAGACAAUGCGAGGUCCAAAGGCAACAGCAAGCCGAGCUUCAAGCAUAAUUUUUCAGGACAUUAUCAUGCGCGAUGUGAAGAAUCCUAUCAUCAUAGACCAAGAGUACAAUGCUCAUGGCAAGAAUCAGGCCAAUCCAUCGCCAGUUAAGAUCAGUGAUGUUCACUUCAUCAACGUUAGGGGGACAUCGACAUCACCAGUUGCGGUUCAGGUGGCAUGCAGCAGAAUAGUGCCCUGUCAAAACCUCCAAUUCUACAACAUAAACUUGGACUACGUGGGAAAACCAAGGAAAGCUUUGCCUCCCACUUGCACUUCCACGUGUACUUUUGCAACUGGGCUGUCCUAUGGAGGCAUCCAAAAGCCCCCAGCUUGCCAUUAGGGUUAUCUUUGGAUAUCUCAAAUUUCACUCCCAUUCUUUUAAUUUGUAUAGAUUGAGCAGGGAGACGGUGGCAUUGUCUUGUGGGGUAAAGGAAACUUUUGAUAUUUGGGAGGAUUGGUUGUUUAGAGCAUUGAACUACUGUGUUUCACGCAAGGCCUUGAGAAAGAU